GGUCCGCUGUGGCUGGAUCGACCGGUCCCACUGCUGACAUUAUGUUUCAUCGAAGGUGCAUUUGUCGUGCCGGUCAAUUUACUGUUUAUGAUCUUUGGCUUUCUUGAAUUAUUUUAUCUCACCAAGAGAUCAACUGUUGUUCCGGCCAGUGGAUUGAGAAGUUGGCGUUUCCUGGCUAAAAGGAUAGCCCUGUUUCUUUUGAUCGCGCUAAAUGUUGCACAUUUUGGUUUGUUGCUCAGUUGGAGCAAGUGGAAUCCGAAGGAUUUGUUUGUAAUUUCAAUCGUGAUCAAUAUUAUUGCACUUAUCUUCGCAGCAUACCUUCAGAAAAAAUCCUACACAAAUAGUUAUUCUGCAUCCUCGGUCUUGAUAUUAUAUUGGAUCUUAUAUAUAGUGAUCAAUUUCGCAAAACUAAUGGCAUGGAAUAGGCAGAAUUAUCCUAAAGAGAAUGCUCUAUUGUUCUUCACCUUAUUGCUUUCUGAGAUAUUGGCCCCAAUAAUAUUUGUGUUGGAUUUGAUUCCUAAACCGAAAAAUGAUUACGAGCUUAUUAGUGAUGAUCAACAUGCGAAUCUAGAAGAAAAUGCCAGUAUAUAUUCACGCCUCACGUUUGCUUGGAUGAAUUCUUUGAUGAGACUUGGAUAUAGUAAAUAUCUGGCGCUCGAUGAUCUACGGGACUUGAGGACUGAAGAUCAGUCAAAGAAAAUAUCUGCAAGUUUUGAAAGGGCAUGGAAAAAGCAGUUAACAAAGAAAAAUCCAUCACUAUUUAAAGCUAUUGCGUAUACAUUUGGUGGACCGUUUGCAUUUGCCGCUUUAUUUAAAGUUCUCCAGGAUAUUCUCAACUUCGUACAACCCCAAUUAUUGAAACAAUUAAUGAUAUUUGUGAGCAGCCAAAAAAGCGAUGAUCCACAACCGAUGUUACGAGGAUAUCUGAUUGCUGUAAUGAUGUUACUUACCGCGGUCCUUCAGACCAUGUUUCUUCAUCAAUACUUCCAACUAUGCUUUGUUACCGGAAUGAGGACUCGUGCCGGUCUUGUGACGGCCAUUUAUCAAAAAUCCUUACUCCUAUCUAAUAGUGCGCGACAACAUUCGACGGUUGGGGAAAUUGUUAAUCAUAUGAGCGUGGACGCGCAAAAGAUAAUGGAUCUGACCACCUAUUUACACAUCGCUUGGUCUGGUCCUUUGCAAAUCACCUUGGCUUUGUAUUUCUUAUAUGAUACAAUGGGUGUUAGUGCAUUUGCUGGUGUAGCCGUGAUGCUUUUGAUGUUGCCGGUGAAUGCGUUUGUAGCUUCGAAGAUGAGAUCUCUACAAAAACAACAGAUGAAGAAUAAAGAUAUGAGAAUUAAGUUAAUGAACGAAAUACUUAAUGGUAUUAAAGUCAUUAAACUAUAUGCAUGGGAAUCGGCAUUUAUGAAAAAGAUUUUCCAUGUAAGAAAUGAUUUAGAACUCGAAACCCUCAAGAAACUUGGCUAUCUCGCUUCCAUGCAGAGUUUUACAUGGGCAUCUACUCCAUUUCUAGUUUCAUUCGCCACGUUUGCAGUAUACGCGAUGGUUGCCAAUCAGCCUUUGACCAGCGAAGUGGUCUUUGUGUCAUUAACACUAUUCAACCUUCUUCAAUUCCCACUCACCAUCUUUCCGAAUGUAAUAACCUCAAUGCUAGAAGCAUCAGUGGCUCUUCAGAGAGUUCAAGAUUUUCUGAAAGCCGAUGAACUGAAUCCCAAUUCUGUCAUUCGAUUACCUUAUCGAAGUGAUGAUUCUAGUUCACUGAGAGAUGCGGGUGGUAGGAUUGUGAUGGCAUCAAUGAGUAACGGGGCAUUCAAAUGGUCUAAAAAUUCGGAGCCGGUGUUGGAUGGUGUUAAUCUGAGUGUUGGAAGAGGGGAGUUGGUUGCAAUUGUUGGGAGGGUUGGCGCCGGUAAAUCAUCGCUUCUGUCAUCUUUUCUCGGUGAAAUGGAAAAGAUCAGUGGUGAAGUUACUGUCCGAGGGCAUAUUGCUUUUGUUCCUCAGUCAGGUAUGACCUGGAUUAUGAAUGCUACUCUUCGAGAUAAUAUCACCUUCGGAUUUCCAUAUGAACCGGCAUUUUAUGAAGAAGUCAUUGAAGCAUGCAGCCUAAAACCGGACAUAGCCAUACUUCCCGGUGGUGACUUAACCGAGAUAGGCGAACGAGGAAUAAAUCUUUCAGGAGGGCAAAAAGCCAGAAUCUCCUUAGCUCGUGCCGUAUACGCCCGUGCUGAUAUUUAUUUGCUUGGCAAGUAUCGACUUCAAAAUACACCAAUUGUUUUUUAUUGCGCGUUUAGAACAUUUAACGUAACAAAAAUUUCGUUUAAUAAUUCGGUCUUACUAAUUUGUUGUUGCUUUAAUUUACUAGACGAUCCUUUGUCUGCCGUCGAUGCUCACGUUGGUAAACAUAUAUUUGAGAAAGUGUUGGGACCCACCGGUUUACUUAGAACAAAAGCCCGGCUAUUUGUUACACAUGGGAUUCAUUAUCUAUCGCGCACAAGCUCAGUGGUAAUGAUAGAUGAAGGGCGAGUUAUAGAACAGGGAAAUUAUGACACACUGAUGAAACAGAAGCGUGAACUGUAUAAAUUGAUCGGUGAAUAUAGCCAAGAAAUUUCGGAACAUGAUGAUGAGGACGAAAUAAAUAGUCCGAAUACGGUGGAAACGUAUGAAGUUGAUGAGGCAGGAGCAGAUCUAAAAACUGAGGAAACAACGAGAACUCCACGAGAACGACACCUUAGUGUAACUAGUGUUCAUCGACGAACAUCCCUCAAAGCGAUGAACGCCAAGGAAAACGAAGGCAGCGAACGGGACAGAUUAAUCGUGAAAGAGGAAUCGGCGAAAGGAAGUGUGGAGUGGCCAGUUUAUCGGGCUUACAUCAAGUCGUGCUCGAUACCGGCGGUUAUUUUUUAUUUUAUCAUUAUGAUAGCCACUCAGGGGGCACAAAUAAGCUCUAACGUGUUCCUCAAGUAUUGGAGUUCAAAGGAAGAUUCCCACAAUGUAUUGUUUUACUUGGCCAUAUAUGGUUGCAUCGGUAUUAUCUAUUCCUUCCUGACCAUUUUGCAGACAUUAAUUGUUUGGGUAUUCUGCGCUAUCAGAGCUGCACGAUAUUUGCAUGAGAGAAUGAUGGAUGGUGUAGUACGGUCUCCGAUGUCCUUUUUUGACACGACACCGUUAGGUCGCAUUUUAAAUAGAUUCAGCAAGGAUCAGUAUACCAUCGAUGAGGUUCUGCCUCGUACGUUUGCAGGAUUUUUCAGGACUCUCUUUGUCGUAGCAGCAACCAUUAUUGUUAUCUCAUUUUCUACUCCGUUAUUCAUCUUUGUCGCGAUUCCAAUGC